AUUUGACAUCCCUGGCCCGUUCUUUCUUUUUCCAACUCCGAGCAAAAACUGCUCCAUUGAAUUGGUAGAAUGGUUAACGGCCGCAUACCCUCGGUCUUCUCGAAGACCUAUGUGACUCCCCGUCGCCCCUAUGAAAAGGCGCGUCUGGACCAGGAGUUGAAGAUCAUCGGCGAGUAUGGUCUCCGUAACAAGCGUGAGGUGUGGCGCGUCAAGUACGCCCUUGCCAAGAUCCGUAAGGCUGCCCGUGAGCUGCUUACCCUUGACGAGAAGGAUGAGAAGCGUCUUUUCCAGGGUAACGCCCUGCUGCGUCGUCUGGUGCGCAUUGGUGUCUUGGACGAGUCUCGCAUGAAGCUCGAUUACGUGCUGGGUCUGAAGAUCGAGGACUUCUUGGAGCGUCGUCUGCAGACGCAGGUGUUCAAGCUUGGACUCGCCAAGUCCAUCCAUCACGCUCGCGUCCUGAUCCGUCAGCGUCACAUUCGUGUGCGCAAGCAGGUGGUCAACAUCCCAUCGUUCGUGGUGCGUCUGGACUCCCAGAAGCACAUCGACUUCUCUCUGAAGUCGCCCUUCGGUGGUGGCCGUCCCGGUCGCGUCAAGAGGAAGAACCUGAAGAAGAACCAGGGCGGUGGUGGUGCAGCUGCCGAGGAAGAGGAGGACUAAACAGUAGUCGUCAAUUGGAGCCUCAUGGCAACCAGGACAAAAUAUAAAAGUUAAUAU